AUGACGACGGCCGCUGGUUCAUCAGCGGCGGGUCCCCCAGCUCCUCUGCCCCAAAACACGCAUGGCGCUGCCAAUCAAACGUCGCCCCCAACGAAGCGCGAUCUCAAAUCGUGGUGGAAGAGCUUCAAGCUUGCUCCCAAGCAGCCAGAACAGCCAGAACCCCGUGCGCGGGGAAUCUUUGGUGUCCCUCUUCGGCAGAGUAUUACCUACGCAAACGUCGCCAUCUCCCUGAUUGAUGAGAAUGGCCAGAGCUACAUUUACGGCUAUGUGCCGAUUGUUGUUGCCAAGUGUGGUGUCUUCUUAAAGGAGAAGGCAACUGGCAUCGAGGGAAUCUUUCGACUCAGCGGUUCCGAAAAGCGUAUCAAGGAGCUCAAGACGCUCUUCGACUCGCCCGACCGGUACGGCAAGGGCCUUGUGUGGGAAGGAUAUACCGUUCACGAUGCUGCGAACGUUCUACGACGGUACCUAAACGAUCUUCCAGAGCCAGUCGUGCCGCUGGAUCUUUAUGAGAAGUUCCGCGACCCUCUGCGUGGAGCGACGAAACAGGCCGCGGGUGAUGCCGAAGGCCCUCAAUUCAUCGAGAACUUUGACGAACGGGGAGCGAUUGGCAAGUACCAGAAACUCAUCACAGAGCUCCCCCCGCUCAACAGGCAGCUCCUACUCUACAUCCUCGAUCUUCUGGCUGUCUUCGCGGCUAAAUCAGAUGAAAACCGAAUGAAUUCGCAGAACCUGGCAGCUAUUUUCCAGCCGGGGAUGCUAUCGCACCCAACCCAUGCCAUGGCCCCGGAGGAAUACCGUCUGAACCAAUGCGUCAUCAUAUUUCUGAUUGAGAACCAGGAUCACUUCUUGAUUGGUAUGCAGGGCACCGCAGCCGAUGAGGCCACCAAGAAGGCGGUCGAGUCUGGCACACCAGCUGCAACACCCAAGCCAAUUACCCCCACUGCAGUCCAGGAAUCCGAAAUUGUCCGGUCGUCCUCGAAUGCAAGUGCAGGUGCACAGAGUGUCGCCCGGGAUGGGCAGCUUCGGAGGAACCGUUCGGUCCACUCGCAUCACUCCAACAAGGACGACAACAGCGCACCCAGCAGCCCGGCACUUACAGCUACGCCGUCAAGCGGGCUGGGUAGGAGCAAUACCGUCCCGUCAAAAAGGUCACCAGCAAUUGCAGGAAAGUAUAGGCGUGGGGCUGGUAAAAGCCCAAGCCCUCAACCACCUCUGCCACUCACUCAAGCCCACCCCACUGAGCAGCGAUCCGAGAAGCCACAGAGCCAACCUGGACACGAAGCUGGGAGCGCAGCCGCCCCAGUACAGGCAAACGAGCUGGUAGGACCGGUUCCCGCGGCUGCCGGUAUCAGCCAAGAACACUCACCAGUCGCUCAUCAUGAAACCACCCCCCAGAAAGAGCGUCACCCUCAGAAUUUGUAUAACCAGUCGCCCUCGGAAGAAGCGAAGAAGCAGUCCAACAAAUUUCGAAUGAUGAGGCCGCCCGGUGCCCUGAACCCCAGCGCACACAGUUCAAACGCAUCAUUACCGCUCUCUGGCUUAUCCCCUAGCUCUGAGAUUAGGAAUCCUAUGGAGCAGUACCACCCAGUAUCUCCCCGAGUGGUCUCAGGCGGCCAUCCGCCAAGCGAGCAUGGCAGUCACCUUCAUCCUGACCAAACCCUUCGAGGAAAGAAAUCGCCACCUACCUCAUUGCACUCGUCAUUUAACGAUGGAUCGGAUUUCGAGCAAGGUGGGGAUGGUAAUAUGACCGGUUCAUAUGACCCUGAAAAGGAAAAGAAGCGGAGAUGGCGUCUUUCACGGACGAAGAACCCUGACCCUGCACCGGGCUUGGUGUCGCCCUCCGCUAUUAGAUCAAGUGAGUAUGCCGAAAUGAGCACAACCUCGUUUGGAAGUGCCAGCGCAAAGCCUCGCAAGAGCUUCACAGGCGAUAGCUAUGAGCCGCCUACCCUUGUAGGCUCGGAUUCGACCAAUUCUCAAAGCUUUAGCCAAAGGAGCAACAAAGAAAAGGAUGAAACCAGGGGUCCUAUCGGUUGGAUCAAGAGCAAGAUGCGCGAAGCUAAAGAAAAUCAUGAACACAGGAGGAACAAGUCACCGCCUGCGGAGCCAACCCAGAGCAUCCUCUCCCCCGGAAAGAGAAGCAUGGAUAUGAGGCGAGAACCAUUCCCUCGUGAGAGGUCCGUGGAGAGACUCCCAGAAAAGUCGGCCGAAGAGAAGGCAGCGCCGGCACAAGCAGCUGCCCAACAACCGAUCCCAGCACAGCCAACUCAUGUCCCUGUUGAGCAGCAAUCCAACCAAACACAAAGUGCGACAGCCCAACCAAACACAGCGCCCGCUCCAGAGCCGAAGCUUGCUACUCCACCUCCUCAACCUGUAACUCCGUCUGUGCAGCAUACGCCACCAACCCCCAUUGUUGGACAAUCCUCGUUCGGCCAGCCUCCAGUCGUCAGAAGUCUGGUUGAUGAGGCCUUGAACUACAAGCCAGCUGCUGAGAAACCUGCUGUCGAGCAACCGGUGGCUGAUAAGCCCACAGAAGAUGUUGCCAACACCCAACAUGCUUCAGCGGACAAACCAUUAGUUGAACCUCACACCGUAGAGAAGACAGCUGGAAAUGGAACCCUAGCCCAACCUGUCGUCCACGACAAGGCACCCGCUGAGGUAAAUGCAGCCUCGACAGAGCAACCCCAACCAGUUGUGGGGCAAAUACCAAAAGAAACACCCGUGGUAGAGCAACAAAUCCAGCCACCCUCUUCCAAGGCGAACGAGGAGCCAGCAAAAGCCAGUCAUGAGACGAAGUAG